AUGUCCAUUCAGUCGAGGGAUUUGGAACAAGUCAUGGAGAAUGGUGGGUGCUAACGACGUCAUGGUUCCCGGCCGACCUGGGUGGUAGCGACUCCUUGCGGCACUGGGACCCACGCCCGGCCGCCGGCUCGCAGUCGCGUUGACGCGCACACUUUCAUCAUGUCAUCAUCCUCAUCGCCAUCAUCCACAGACUUCGUUUUGGAAUGGUCCUCUCAGCGAACUUCUGCCGGCUAUGUGUGCCGGUACUGUGGUGGCGAGCGCAUGUGGUAUCGUCGCGCCGUUCGGCACGCCACGACCAAGAAGCACCUCGACGCGUACAACAGUCGAGCCGAUCCCGCUGUCAAUUGGGCCAACCGGUUACUGCAACCCACGCCUCAGGCGCUCUCGAGCAGCGACGAGGCCGACUUGAUCGAUUUCAAUGAAAAUCCGGCAGAGACCGGAACAGUAGGCCACUCUCUGCUUGCUGUCGCUGGCGAGAUCAUCAAGUCGUCUGAACGCGUGCCUGCUUCCGAUCCGUCCCCGCCAAGUGAUCAGGAGGAUUCCGCUCUAGACCACGCCCUCUUCGUUCCAGAAGGCAAUUGCUCGCCCUAUUCCCAGGGCACUGGCUCCAAGUCCGACAGCGCGGUCGAGAUCGAUGGCGAGGCGGAGGAAGAAGAGUCGGAUGACUGGGUGCAGACUUGGGCCACUGCGGGCUCCACCAGUGAGUGGGGACGAGCAAUGAUGCAAUGCCCGUCGUGAAUUUCCCACUAACGCAAGUAUUUCCCAACUUGUUGUCUGUAGCUGUGGUGACAGGCACCCCCGCGAUGCGGACACGGCUGGGCGUGCGCAACUACACAAGCGUGCCCGAUUCGUCGCAUCCCUGGUAUCCCUUCCCCAAUCAGAACGUGCGCCGAUCUACUCUCGUUGCUCCGGAAUCACGCGAUCGGCCAGGAGCUGACCCCCUUGUGAACACAGAUGAUGAUCAUCGUCGUGUUUUUCAGAUCCUACAAACGUAGGUCCCUGCGAUUCCGUGUCAAUGGACGAAUGCCUUUGACUGAACCGUUUCCGGGAACGAACAAUUCUGCACAGCAUUUUGCAACGCCUUCAUUGACCCUCUCGUGCGAAGCGCGGAGGAGAAUCAAAGACGCGCUCGAGUGGAUGAAGAGGGUCGAAAAGAAGUGCGUAGUCGACGACUUUUACAUCAGCAAGGCUAAGGAAGCACUUUUAAACCUGCCGUGGCACGAGUUACCGUGCGUGCCAGUGGGCAACUUGAACGAGCUCAGCUGGGCAUAAGCGACUUGAGAACUUGCUCAGUAAGUUCACCCUUCUCACGGCCACUCUUACUCAUCUGAUGUUCAACGUUUGCUUGGACAAUAUCAGUUCGAAUUGUGGCUUAGCCGACUGGGCAAGGCACGACUGCGUCGGGAUCGCGAGCACCGCCCAGUUCAUCAGGGCACACCCCGACUCGGUCUGGUCUGUGCCAACCUGUGACGAGAAUCACUGGUUCCUGGGAACGAUUGAUGUGAAACAUGGAGCCUGGUCCAUACACAAUUCACUUUCCUCAAGGAAGCUCACGGUCGCCGCUCUAACUUACGCUCUGGACGCACAAGUUUUCAAAGUACUUAAUCUCAACAUUGAUGUGAAUCACGGUACGACGACAAGGGCACCUUAACAACAAGAUACCUUCUCGUGCGGUCCUGCCAUUGUGAAUGUCGUCGAACACGAACUCGUACACGAGAAGGCGUUUGAUCCAACGCACGCGGCUCUAUCGCGAAUCCGUCAAUUUUGCCGCGCUGUCGACAUGAUCGAGGCCCAGGAGGUCACGCCACCGUCACGGGGAAACCCCGGGAAAGCCCCCGUCUUGCCAAAGAUGCCCAAAGAGCACACACAAACCACUCAUGACGUUCGUGAUCCAUUGAACCCAUCGUACGUUCCAUAG